CCCCAAGAUGGAUGCUUGUUUGUUCUCGAUCGUCGUUGAUUUCCCUGAGAUCAAAUCUCUGUUUAAUCUCGCAAUUUGAAUUUUCUACACACAAAAACGCGGCUAGAAGCAUCGAGUUUAAUACGUUUUCCAAGACCUGUUAAAUUGGUCGCCCAGACGAGGACCUCGUCUUGACUUUGAGAAAAUGGCUGCAAGUAGUUCGUCAGCUUUUGCCGCUCCCGCAAUCGUCCUCUCCCGGGCGGUGCGGUCAGCGUUCUUUCCGCUGCUUCAAACUCCUGCUUUUUUGACGGCCUUCUACACGGUUCCACACACAACUACAACUACGCUGUCGAGAAGCACCUUGUCGUCGAUGAGAAAUACCCUUUUUCAUCCGGGGAGAAUCUUGGACCACUGGGGCUGGUGGCUCCGUCCGGCGCUUGCUUGGGAACACUUCUACGACGGAAGACACGGUAACUUAGUGACGUGUGCCGAUGUUGAUGACGCGUGUGAACAAGAUGGUGCUCCAGAAGAAGGCUCCUUCGUGUUUCUCCGUCCGCGGGCGAAAUGCAAGCGAAAGGACAUCAAAAUGCGAAGUGCUUCGUCUCCGUGGCCGCGAGACCCGAAACACAAAAAGAUUGUACCGCAGGUGCGCGGGCUCGUCGAAAAGCUUUUGAAAUGACUGCGAUAAUAAAUGUGGUGGACCAACGAGAUGAUGUCACAGCAUAGAUCCUGCAAACUGGUCGAACUAAAGCGACGCGUGAGCAGUUUUUCUUUUGAUCAUACGCCAGGCCUAAU